AUGCCACCCCCAUCAGAGGCUGUAAUCAACACGAAAAUUCCAGAGACUAAUACACUCAAGUUCAUCUCUCGCUGGAAGGUCCGCGAUCUAUACGAAAUCAAAGAUGGCGAGAACGAGUUCCUGCUAUUCGUUGCGACAGACAGGAUCUCAGCCUUCGAUGUUAUUUUGAAGAAUGGAGUCCCAGGCAAAGGCGCCCUCCUCACCCAACUGUCUGUCUUCUGGUUCAACCGUCUCCAACACGUCCUACCUAACCACCUCAUCGCAUCAACGCUCGAAGACAUGCCUUCCGGUAUCCAAUCACAGAUCUCACCAUACUGGGACCGCGUACUCAGCGGACGGACGUUACUCGUGAGGAAGGCGAAAGUCGUUAAGCUUGAGGCUAUUGUACGAGGUUAUCUUACAGGUUCGGCGUGGAGUGAGUAUAAGAAAUCUAGGACUGUACAUGGUAUUCCAUUACCAGAGGGCCUCAUCGAGUCUCAAAAGCUCCCCGAACCACUCUUCACACCGUCGACGAAGGCUGAACAAGGAGAGCACGAUGAGAAUAUCUCUCCCGAACAAGCGAAACAGCUCCUCGGCGAAGACCUCUACACACAAAUCUCCCAAUCCGCACUCGCACUAUACGCCGAAGCCUCCAAUUACGCACUCUCGCGCGGAGUCAUCCUCGCAGACACGAAGUUCGAAUUCGGCCUUAUCCCUCUCCCUUCCUCCCCCUCCUCCUCCUCCUCCCCCUCUCCUUCCUCUCCCGGUUCCUCUUCAACUGCUCCCACCGUAAAAGUCACAACACCCGAAGGCCCCCACUCCCUCCUCCUAAUAGACGAAGCCCUAACACCAGACAGCUCCCGCUACUGGUCCCUCUCAACCUACAAACCCGGCCAUCCCCAACCCUCCUUCGACAAACAAUACCUCCGUGACUGGCUCCUCUCUUCCGGUUUUCGUAAGGGUCUUGAAACCGGUCCCACGGGAAAAGAAGGAGAAGGGUGGGAGAUGACACCUGAAGUCAUUGAGGGUACACAGAGGAGGUAUGCAGAGGUUGUUAAGAUGCUUAUUGGGUAA